AUGCCUCCUAACAACCGCGCAUCAUGGCUCAUGGCCAAACAAUCACCCAACAGCGUUGUAGACGUUGCACCAUACACCACUCCCUCAGCUAAUGAACUCGUCAUCAAAACCAAAGCGAUAGCCCUGAAUCCAGCCGAUGUCGGCAUCCAGAAACUCGGAAUUCUCUUGAAUGACUACCCGGCAAUUCUAGGCUGCGAUUUCGCCGGGGAGGUCGUGGAAGUUCACCCCACCCUGGCUGAAGUGUAUACUCCCGGUGAUCGUGUCAUUGGUGCAGCCGGUCCAUUGAACAGGAAGGACGGCAAGUACUGUUAUUCGGCCUUCCAAGAAUAUGUGGUUCUGAAGGUGCCUUCCAUUGCCAAAAUCCCCCAUGGGGUGGCAUACGAGGAUGCCGUUGUAUUGCCACUGGGAAUGAAUACUGCUGCUAGUUGUUUGUUUGCGGAGCAGAACCUUAGGCUGGGGGUGCCUUCUAAUCAUGGGACAAGUGUAAGUAGCAGUGUGGGUGCGUGUGGUGUGCAAAUGGCUAGCCAGGCUGGCUAUGAGGUUGUCGGGGUGGCGAGUAAGAGGAAUCAUGAGAUUGUUAGAGGACUUGGAGCAAGCAUGUGUUUUGAUCAGAGCGAUUCGACGCUCAUUGAUGAUAUUGUGACAUAUCUGAGGGGUAAAGAGGUGGUUGGGGCUUAUGGGGCUGUUGCGAGUGAUUCGGAUUUGGAUGCUAUGUGCGAAAUCCUCGACAGGUGUGAUGGGAGGAAAUUGGUGGCAUCGGAGAUACCAGGUGCAGAGCAAAAGGCAACGAAAGGUGUGCAAAUUGUCACUAACUUCGCCACGGAUAUAGGUCAAAGUGGGGUUGGAAAGGCUAUCUGGCAAUGGCUGACUAUAGCCAUGGAAGAGGAAUGGAUAAAGUAUAGGCCGCAGCCAGAGGUUGUCGGGAAAGGGCUAGGGCGUAUACAGGAGGCUAUUGAUCUGUUGGCUGAAGGUGUUAGUGCGAAGAAGUUAGUCGUGUCUGUAUAA